GGCAGGUCACAGGUUACUCUUAUAAGUGAGGGCAGCAUCUCAGCCGGAACAGUCAGUACGUUGGGCUAUGCGGCGACGUAGCUUCCUGCAUUCACUCAAAAUUAAGUGAUUUAAUCGUUUUAUUGGCUUGUACAGAAUGCCGUGGGCAAGCAUCAACAGAAUUUACGCGAAGCCAUCCAACACAAGUUCAAUGGAAUCUCCAGCCAGCAGCAACUUCAACGCUGGACCAGCUUUGACAGCCUCUGCCGACUCCGGCGGCCGCUUCGAACUGAGCGACCACGGAUACGGCAAGAGUGCUGUCAAGCUCCUCCAUGUACAGCGAGAUGCAGAUUUCCACUCCAUCAGGGAAUUCGAAGUGUUCACGGAAUUAAAAUUGCACUCUGAAAGCGCUUACGUUAUAGGUGACAAUAAAGACGUGGUAGCAACGGAUUCCCAGAAGAAUACUGUGUAUCUGCUUGCGAAGAAGCAUGGAGUGAAGACGCCCGAAGAGUUCGGUGCGGUAGUGGUAGGCCACUUCUUGUACAUGUACAAGCAAGUAGUAGAGGCCAGGUGUAGAGUCGUAGAGUACCCUUGGGAGCGACUCCAGGCGGGCGCGCCUCAUAACCACGCUUUCGUGUUUUCGCCGACUGCGACCAGAUGGUGCGAAGUGAGCCAAGCUCGACAUGAGGCAGUGACUGUGAAAUCCGGAUUAAGUGGCCUUCGUGUGCUUAAGACGACGCAGUCAGCCUUUGUGGAUUUCGUUCAAGACGAAUACACAACCCUUUCGGAUGCUGCCGAAAGAAUAUUCAGUACUGUGGUGGAAGCCGAGUGGAUAUACGACAACAUGCGGACAGCAGACUUCGAUAACGCUUGGCUGACAGUCAAAGACGCCAUUCUAGAUAAAUUCGCGGGACCUGCCGACAUUGGGGUGUACUCGCCGUCAGUGCAACACACCCUGUAUCAAGCUGAGAAGACUGUGCUAGAAAAAGUUUCAGAGAUAACUUGGAUCAAAAUGACGAUGCCGAACAAGCACUACCUCAACAUCGAUAUGUCUAAGUUCCCCGCGAAUGUGACGAAGGGCGAUCCUCGCCACCACAUCUACCAACCCAUCGAUAAGCCAGCCGGCCUCAUCUACGCGCAGCUACGCCGUAGACCCAAAAGUCACUUGUGACACCGCGCUACGCCGCGUAGCGCUACGACAUCUUAGUUUUAUAUUCGUUCCACCAUUAUCUUCGUUGUAAACAAGGGGAUGUUCCUGUUAUUCGCCCCUUACUCAUCUUUAUUACCCUCUAAGAAUUAUAGACAAAUAUCGCCAUUGUAAGUUCACUAUUUUAUAAACAACGUUAAUUAAUUGUAUCUAAAUGUAAUUUACUCGUUAUGUAAUCUAGUCAAGUUCUUAUUGUAAUCAUUUUAUUUACUGUACCAAAUGUAUGUUGGGUACAGUUCUAAUGAGGUUUCUAACCAUAUAAGAUUGUUACAAAUAAUCUAAUAAGUAUGACUAAGUUAAAUAAACAUUCAAAGUAUUAAA